AUGCAAUUUUUAUUUUUUGAUAGCUGUCAUAUCGAUGAACUACCGACGAAGAAACUAGAAAAUUUCAAUAUCGAAUUUAAUAUAUAAUUGUUGUAAGGGAGACGUGAAGCGAUACAUGUCUUAAAGAGGACAGGAGAAAAAUUGUGUCCGAGAAAGAAAUAGAAAAAGGAGACGACACGUAUCGGAGAUCGAAAGUUGUGCGAUCGAUCGGCAAUAAUGAGCUCCGAUUACAUGCAGAGACGAUGGAGUAGCUUGCGGAAGGUACUGGAGAGAUCGGGCCCGUUUUGCCCGCCGGACUUUGAGCCGUCCACCGAUAAUCUGCAAAUGCUUUUGGAUCGCUGUAGGGUGCUCGUUGUCGGUGCCGGUGGUCUAGGAUGUGAGUUGCUUAAGAAUCUCGCCCUGAUGGGAUUCAGACACCUUCACGUCAUCGACAUGGACACGAUCGAGUUGUCUAACCUCAAUCGACAGUUCCUGUUUCGUCAUAAAGACAUUGGCUCUUAUAAAGCGGAGACAGCUGCCAAGUUUAUCAAUGCCAGAGUUCCUGGCUGUCGUGUGGUUGCUCACAAUUGCGAGAUACAAGCCAAAAGCGAAGCGUUCUUCCAAGAGUUUCAUAUUGUAAUAUGUGGGUUAGAUUCAAUUGUUGCAAGAAGGUGGCUCAAUGGUAUGCUAUUGUCUUUGCUCGUCUAUGAAAAUGGUGAGUUGGAUAAGACAAGUGUGAUACCCAUGAUUGACGGUGGGACCGAGGGUUUCAAGGGAAACGUUCGAGUUAUAUUUCCUGGUGUAAACCCUUGUAUCGAGUGUACUUUGGACCUUUAUCCACCACAAGUCACAUAUCCUUUAUGUACGAUAGCCAAUACCCCGCGUUUGCCCGAACAUUGCAUAGAGUAUGUAAAGGUGAUUCAGUGGCCAAAGGAAAAUCCUUUUGAUUGCGCUAUUGAUGGAGAUGAUCCUCAGCAUAUAAACUGGAUUUACGAAAAGUCGAACGACAGAGCAGCGCAAUUCGGUAUACAGGGCUUGACGUACAGGCUCGUGCAAGGUGUCGUCAAGAAUAUUAUACCCGCGGUGGCGUCAACGAACGCCGUUAUCGCCGCCGCCUGCGCGACAGAAGCGUUCAAGCUCGCAACAAGUUGUAGCGCAUCUUUAAAUAAUUACAUGGUGCUCAAUGACGUAGAUGGAGUUUACACGUAUACUUAUGAAGGAGAGAAAAAAGAAAAUUGCUUGGGGUGUAGUCAAAUACCGCGAGAGAUCGAGAUCAAAGAUUCGAAAUGUAAACUACAAAAUUUAAUAGAUCUCCUUUGUGAACGGCCGGAUCUGCAAAUGAAAAAUCCUGGGCUUACAGCUAAUAUAGAUGGUAAAUAUAAAACUCUGUACAUGCGAAUGGUGGCAAGCAUCGAGGAAAAGACUCGCGAGAAUUUAUCCAAGACUUUGAUCGAGUUAGGUUUAAAAGACGGUAGUGAAAUAAAUGUUGCCGAUAUUACGACUCCAAGUACAAUUACUUUAAAAUUGAAAUUUCCGCAGGGCAAUAGCGCGAAUCAAUAAUUGUUCCGAAAAUUUAUUUUUCAAGCAUCUUAUUUCCUACUUAUGUCUGCUAUUUAAAUUUAAAAGUAAUCUGAAAAAUAAAGAAAUAAUGAAAUAUAACAAAGUUAAGAAUUACUCAUAUACCAUAUAAGACGUUUUUUUAUGCGUUGGGUUGUACCAAAUCACCUUAUCAUGUAAAAUAUAUCGAAAUUAAUAUAAUUAUAUAUUUGAUAGUAAUUGCUUCAAAAUGUCAAUAUUAUUGGUAUUUUUAAAUUGACAUUAAAGACUUUUAUAGUGAUUCGUGAACACAACAAAGCAUACACAGAGUGUCCUAAAAUCAUCAGAGACAUCUCUCUAAUGAUAAAUUCUUAGAACAAUUUAUAGUUUUCUUUAACGUUGAGAUAUUAAUAAUUUUCGAAUAAUAAAUAAUUGAAAAUGAAGAGUUUUUCGCAAAUUGAAUUUUCAAGAAUUAAAGUUUCAUCCUGCAUUUAAUUUUAGACUCAGCUUAAAGAAAUAUUGAACAUAGUCAAAUAGAUGCAUAAUGUAAAAAAUAAGAAAGUUGUAAUAAAUAAUUUUCUUCAAUAUUUAAAAAAUCCAUGAAUAAUAUAAGAAAAACGAACAAAUCAAUUUGUAAGUCAAUAAAGAAACACAUUUAGUUUUUAAACAACAAAGAUACGACUUAAAUACUGUUCUAUAUUUCUGUACUUACAUGCUCUCUCUCUCUCUCUUUCUCUCUCUCACAUCUCUGAUCAGAGAUCAUAUAUGUCUUAGCAAAAUUAUAUUCAAAUUAUAAUCUCAACAAGGGAUAAUUCAAGAAAUUCGGUAUAUAAUUAUAAAUUCAAAUUGAUGAAAUUUUUCUUUUUGCUUUUCUACAAAUAUGUAAUAUUUUGCAAAUUACACAUAUUUAACUGUACUGAGAGAGAAAUGGAAUAAUAAUUCGUGAAAUAUAUGAGUGUCAAAAUUUAUACUUAUCGUCAAGCAUUUUUAUAACAAUUUCUUUUUUUUCACAUCAUUGAAUUAAAUUUUAUACUCUGUAUGAAUUUUGUGCACAGUCCUCGUUUGCAAAAAAUUUCAUACAUUUGUUUCAUUACUCUCUAUGUGUCUGUGAAUAUGUAUGUAUGUACGUGUGUAUAUAUAAAUUAUUCAUUUUUCAAUGAAUUAAUUUGUUAAGAUCUCAUCUAAUUUGAAAAAAAUAUCAGAAGUAAAUAUUAAAAGUCUCUUUAAAUAUGAUUUUGUUCUAAACAUGAUUGCAAUUACGAAAUGAUAUACAGGCAAAUGAUGGACAGUGCACAAUGAUCUUUUUGUUAUACAAGCACACUUUGUAACAUUCGACGUAUGCACAACUUGAGUAGAAAAAAUAUGUAUAACAGAUACAUUUUAUCUAUCCUUCUUAUAUAAAACUAUUAUUAUAUAAUAUUAAUUUUUAUAAUUUACGGUUUGUAGCAAGUCGGUAAGUCAAUUAACUGCUUCCCAAGAAUAUGCUUUCUUGCGAAGAUCUUUUGUCUCGCUCAAAUAAACUUUCAUUUAAUAUUAAAGAUGCAUUUCCAGCUGCUACUAACAAUUUUUACUCUGCACACAAGUCAUAAAUUGCACAGAGUAGAAGACUUAUAUAAUUUAUCUUUUUAUCGGUCAAGGGUAUUUUCGCAACGAAACACUCGAAGAAUCAUUGGCAUUUCAUUGUUUAUGCAGUGCCCAAGAGUGGACAUUCCUCCAAUUAUACAAUUUGAAGUUAAACGUUAUAGCAUAGUUUUUGUAACUGGAUAUAAAAUUGCGCAGAACUAGCAAUGAACAUGAAAGGGAAUCGUAUUUUUCGGAAAUAUUCAAAAGUUACAAUAUACAACUCGCCUAUCCAUAAAAUGAAAUUUUCGUAUUUAAAAUAUUGUAAAUUACACAUUAAUGUAAAUCGAAUAGGUGAGCUCUAUAAUUUAUCAAUUAUAUGGAAAAGCGAAAAUAAUCAUUAAUUUCCAUACGAUUCACUUCUCUCAGUUCAGCCCCAAUCUAAAUAUUAUAAUUUCACAGAAAACGAUCACACAGGAUUGUUAUGUACGAAAUGUUAGUUCAAAGAUUGAAACGCAAUAUACAAUUGUGCAAAUAAUGGUCAUAUGAAUAAUCAUCAAUUUGCGUAUAGUAAUACCAUAGUCGAUUAAAAGAUAGUUUGGUAUAAAAACUUAAGCGUUGAUAAAGUUGUGGCGUAAUGUGUGAUAAAAUUCAAAUUUCCUCGGUAGAACAGCAAGGCUCGACACUUUUCUCGGGAAUGAAUGAAUGAAAAAAAAUGUGUGUGUGUGUGUGCGCGUGCGCGCGCGUACUAGAGACACGUAAUUGCUGACAAUUCAUACAGGGGUAUACGACAAUUCAUACAGGGAUAAUACGAAGCACAGCAUUGUAAUUUGUGCAAUGUGUUUCUGGAUAAAGGUAUGGUUGUGCUGAUUGUUGAAUGAACUGUGAUCGAAAGAGUGUCCAGCCUCGGCCGCUUUGAACCACUAAA